AUGGCGCCCACUUCGUACCCAAUGGCUCUGGCGGCCUUGGUACCGCUGCCCUUCGACAUCGUCUUCACAGUGCUGCGCUUCUGGAUCCGAUCGAAGAGGAACGCGUGGGGACCUGACGACUGGGCGAUGCUGGUCAACCUCCCUUUUUGGGCUACAAGCACAGUAGCCACUAUUGCCAUGGCAUGGAGUGGGAUCGGUGCCUACGACGCCUCACUAACAGAGUACCAAUACUCCAACUCCCUGAUGUGGUUCUACAUCUUCCAAGAGCCCUGGUGUUUCACUCUGAUCACGAUCAAGUGUUCCAUCGGGUUUGCGCUGAUCAGGAUUGCCAACGGCAAGAAGUGGAUCGAAUGGAUGAUCUACGCUUGCAUGGCGUCGUGUCUUUUCGUCAUGGGCGGAACUGGCAUGUACCUUUUCUUCCAGUGUGCUCCCGUGCAGAAAAAUUGGUACACCGCCAUGCCUGGCGUCUGCCAAGAUCGCAGCAUCCAGACCAGUCUCUCGUACGCAGUCGCUGUGGUUUCCAUUCUCAGUGACUGGAUCUUCGCCAUCCUGCCCAUCUUCCUGCUGUGGAACGUGCAGCUCGACUGGCGCGUCAAAGCCUCGGUGAUUGGCAUGCUCGGACUCGGCAUUUUUGCUUCGAUCGCUCCCAUCGUGCGUCUCAAGUUCCUCAUCGGUAUGAACGACGAAACGCGCUUCCUCCAAAACCUCGGCGCCAUUCUUGCCUGGGCGUCCGCAGAGAUGAACAUCGGAAUGCUUGUCGCCAACCUCCCUGCUUGCCGACCACUCCUAGAACGCAUGAUCUCCCGAAUGUCGUCGUGGACAGGCAGUGGGAGCCGAUCGUUUGGUGCAGGAAAGAAGUCGCGCGCCACAGCAGCCAACGGCGCAUCCAAGCAAUACCUGGAGCUGGACGAACGACCAGGAAGUACGACGCUACAGAAUUACCUCAACAACGGCAACAAGACUGGGAAAACAGGUGUGGAGACUAGGAUCUAUGGGGAUCUCGAUGCGGAGAGUAGCAUCAGCCUCGACAGAGACGAUGGGAGUCAGAAACAGAUCGUUAAUAAAUCGAGCGUGGAUGGGAUCCAAGUGAGCGUUCACAAAGACUUCAAGAUGGAGGUCACUGGAGGCAAGCCGUUACCAAGAACACCGGUUCCAGGAGAAGACAUGGUCUAGUGGCGAGAAUCAACAAGGCUGUUACGACGAUGAUACCCCAUCCUGCUGAGUCGUCAGCGUAGUAAAACUUCUGUGUUCUGCGCUUAAUCUAUCCCAAUUUAUGAUACACCUUUCAGAAUAUCUGGCAGGUCCAGAAGUCGUCGACUCAACGUGAGGUGGCGAGGGCGUUCCGGCCGCGCACACGUUGUAACACAGCAGGCGCACUCGUGGUAUCCGACUCAGAGAGCGAAGAAUCUCAUUCAUGAGAGAGUAAGCGCAGCGAAUCGUGUCAGUUGAGGCCGUGAGACAAA